UGGACCGACCCGUAGACGCAACUGGAAUCGUCGCUGUUCGCUGCAGUUAGUGAAUCAUGUUGUUGGAGCAAAUUACAUUGCGAUUACGAGCUAGUAAAUAGUUGUCAGGUGGUAAAUGUUCUACUGGUUUAGAAUAUUUUUAAUUUUGUCACCGAUUCGUGGGGACCAGGCGGAGUUUUACGGGCGCUCUGUGUUUUCAAAGCCUAAAACAGUCGGUGUCAGGACGACUGUUUUUGUUGAUGGCAUCCGCGCGGAGCUGAAGCGGCGUUCACUGUCAAGAUAAGAGUGGGACAAUCAAACACCUUAAGAUUACCACCUUUUUCCCCUGUAUAUUACAUUGGAUUACCAGUCAGACAAUCAGUGAGGAUGGGGCUUUUUGUGCGAUGUAUUGGGCUACUAUCUAUUGUCAUUUUGACAGCCGGGUUAGCUCAUUCUCAGCACGGACUGACGGGUUCAAUCAGGAAUUUAAAUAUGGAGAAGAGACUUGCUGACCUCCACGUGGGGUCUGGAGUGCUGGCUGCAUCACCCAGGCACAAGAUAAACCGAAGAAGCGUCCAACAAGGCUGCAAAGAUCAUCAAGGAUUUAACACCAAGUUAGAAGGCAACACCCACAGUUUUGUCUUUAGGGACACGAGUGUCUCUGUGUCACUAGCCUGGGUUGGAGAUGGCAAAGGGGUAAUCCUGGCUUUGACAACUUUUUCUGCACCACUCUUCCUGUUAAGAUCUGGACAGUCUAGACUAUAUCGAAGUGAGAACUAUGGGAAGUCUUUCCAGGACGUGACCACCCUCAUCAACAACACUUUCAUCAGAACAGACUAUGGCAUUACUAUAGACCCUGAGAACUCUGGAAAAGUGAUCCUGGUUGGGGAAUUAUCCGGACUCUACCUGUCACGGAUUUUUGUGUCCAGUGACUUUGGAAAGAGUUUCACUCCUCAUGCCCUACCCUUCUUCCCCGUAUCACCGGUUACAUAUGACCCUGAAGAUUCUAAUGUGUUAGUGGCCAUCAGCAAGAAUAAUGAUCUGUGGCUGUCUGAAAAUUUUGGUAGCAGCUGGAGAAACAUCCAUAACUCGGUGUGUGUAGUAAAAUGGGGAAGAAAAAGCACACUUUUCUUCACUGCCCAUGUUAAUGGAUCCUGCAUUGACAGGGGAAUGCUUGAACUAAAGAGAUCAACAGACCAUGGAAAAACUGUCAAGACUAUCAGCAAUAAAAUUUACUCCUUUGGCAUGGGUGGACGCUUCAUUUUUGCCUCUGUGAUGACAGGCAAGGGAACUUUGCGAAUGAUCCACGUGUCAGUGGAUCAAGGUGAUGUAUGGAACAUGGCCCAGCUGCCAGCUGUUAGUCAUGAGCAGUUCUACUCUAUCUUGGCAGCGAAUGAUGAAAUGGUCUUCAUACAUGUUGAUGAAGAAGGAGAUACAGAUAUUGGAACUGUUUAUGUAUCAGAUGACCGUGGAUUGGUCUACUCCAAGUCAUUGGAGCGCCACUUGUACAUCACCACAGGGGGUGAUACAGACUUCACUAACGUCACGUCCCUGAGAGGAGUUUUCAUCACCAGUGUCCUUUCUGAAGAUGGAUCUGUGCAAAGUGUGGUCUCCUUUGACCAGGGAGGAGAAUGGGUUCCCCUUCAGACACCUGCCAAUAGCAAGUGUAACACUACAGGCAGACACCCUGUAAAGUGCAGUCUUUACAUCCAUGGAGCCUUUGGUAUGUCACAGAAGACAGACAUUCCCAUGUUGCCUCUGACUGAAUCAAAUGCUGUGGGUCUCAUCUUAGCUCAUGGGACUGUUGGCGAUACCAUUUCAGUGCUGACGCCUGAUGUGUAUGUGUCUGAUGACGGCGGAUACACCUGGAUGAAGGCCCUUGAGGGCCCUCAUCACUACGCUAUUCUAGACUCCGGGGGUCUGCUGGUGGCUGUGGAGCAUAAGCCUACUCAAACCAUCAACAAAAUUAAAUUUUCCACUGAUGAAGGGCAGUGCUGGAGUGAGUACACCUUCACCACAGACCCCAUUUACUUUACCGGCCUGGCAUCAGAGCCGGGAGCUCGCUCCAUGAAUGUUAGCAUCUGGGGGUACCGAACAACUUUCUUCGGAUUAAGCAGUUAUUGGGUUUCUGUCACCAUUGACUUCAGGGAGCUUCUCACCAGAGACUGUACUAAAACGGACUAUGUACAGUGGUUAGCCCACUCUAAUGACAUCAGCAGUCCCAAUGAUGGAUGCGUACUGGGCUACAAAGAGAAGUUCCUCCGUCUGAAAAAGGACACUGUUUGUUGGAAUGGACGUGAUUAUCAGAUCAACACCCAGCCAACGCCCUGUCCCUGUACUUACGAUGACUUUCUGUGUGAUUUUGGAUACUAUCGUGAAGAGAACAGCUCAGUGUGUUUGGAGCAGCCCGACCUGCAAGGAAAAAUGUUGGAGUACUGUUUGCACGGCAAGCUGGAGCAGCUUGUGACCAGUGGUUAUCGUAAAAUUCCUGGCGAUAGAUGUGAAGGAGGAUUGCAGCCUGACCGUAAAGAGAUUGACCUCAGUAGGGCCUGUGUGAGUGACUCGCUGCAGCAAAAUGUGAUGCCUCAGUCCAAGUCUGUAGCUGUUGUCGUACCAGUCACCAUUGUUCUGCUGCUGAGCAUUGUUGCAGGAGUUUUCAUUGUCAAGAAACGCGUCUGUGGCGGCAGGUUUUUGGUGCACAGGUACUCACUACUGCAGCAGCAUGCUGAGGAGACCCCAGCUGAGGGGGUGGAUGACCAACUGGAGACCAACCACACUCCAAAUGGCAAGAUAGAGUUCCACGACGACUCUGAUGAGGACAUGCUUGAAUAGCAGGAACAACCUGUUAUGCCACAUGAUUGUACGCCACCUUGUGGCCAGCUGCUGUUGCUGUCACUCUUCAGGCUCCAGCUUCUUCUUCCUUUCACCUUCUCGUCGCACUUUGCUCUCAGCUACCAGAUGACGUCUGCACAGCCCUCCUGUCAUCGCAGAAGGACACAGCGAAUGAAGGCUUCCAAAUAUGAAUCACAGCUCUGGGAAGAACUGUGAAGAGAGAUCUUUCUCAAGGUUUAUUGGAAUUAUUGAUUGAUUCUGAGUUAUUUAUUCUUUGGCUUGAAGAAGUAAAGCAGUGAUUGGACCUGCUAACAGAGCCAGAAUGGUGGAGGGUUUUUUGUAUGUAAUUUUUUUUAAGCUAAUUACUUUUAUGAAUCCACCUCCAGUUUGUGCCGGGCUUUUGUUGUCUUAUCACUGGGAGAUUACUUCAUACUUAUGUUAGAGAGGGGUGUCCUUCAUCUCACAUACUUAUCUAUAAACCUGUUUUUCUUGUGGUGUCAUUUGAUAUAUAUUCAUCAGGUUUCUGUUUGUGGCUUUCUAGUAACUCUUCCAAACAACUAAAAACUUAAUCCUUUUUAAGAGAGUGUGUUGAUUUAAAUUUUCAAACUCCUCCUUUCUGUUUGAAGGAUUGUUAAUCUUUGAAAUCCCUCUUACAGUUUGCACUAUGAAUCAAAAUCCACCUGCUGUUGGCACGCCAUUAUAUGUAUCUUAGGUUAGAUGGUCAAAAUAAUCCAAGUGGAAACUGAUGUUUGCAGCAAUAAUGUGUGAGAUUCAGAGUACUGUCUGUGCAUGAUCAAUACUUUCCACAGCUGCUUGAUCCAAUACAUUAUGAAGGCUUUUUUUUUUAGACAGAACUGUGUGUGGUAACGACCUAAAGCACAUGUUCUUCAUACACUUAUACUAAUUUAAUCAUGAUAUCUAAACUGAUACAAGGCAACAGUGUCAUUUUUUCACACAUAUACAGCUUAUGUGUACAGUGACUUCAACAUUUUUUAACAUAAUGCGCUUUUUAAUCAAUCUGACAAAUUGCCAUUUUGCUCAGCGUUUCAGGUACGACAGAACUAGUUUGAUAGUAAAUAACUUAAGAUAUUUUUACAGGAGAAUCAAUGUAAUUUGGCAACAAAUACACAGGAGUAAUGUGAAAACCAAUUUAAUAUAUAUAAAUGUUGUAUAGCCUAUUUAACAUCACAUAUCAGACACAGUUGUAUAAACUGCACACAUAAGCUGUGUGCAACACUUGUUUCAGUGACUUCAUGAAGCACAGUCUCUAAAAUAACAGGUACUGAAAUGUAGUGUGUUUGACAGUGAACUGUUAAUGUUUUCAAUCAUCCUAAUAUGUUGAAGCGUCUUAUCUCCUACUUUUAGUCUUACAGGGAUUUAUUCACAUUUGUUGCACUAUUAUUUGUCUCGUUCUGAAAUGCAUUGUGGGUUUUGGGUGUGGUUGUAGGCACGCGCCUGCUUUAGCCAUGAAUAUUUAUUUAGGUUAAUGUGGAACCAGUUUCAUCCAGUGACAGUUUCUUUCAGUGACACUCCAAAGUACCCAACACAAGUCUGUAAGCAGCAGUGUGAGAAACGUGUUUCACCAAGUCUCCCUGUGAACUGACUGCAUGUCAGAGUCCUAUAGAAAGUGUCGUAAAGAAACUAGAUUACUGUAAAAUAAUUCUCUUUUAUGUAGUAAGAUACAUCAUCCUCACUGAGGCACUUCUUUCUUGUGUCAGAUAAAAGGGGAUGCAGGAUUAUUAUGCAUCUGGAAAUACACUGGGACACACUUUUGGUGAGUUUGUAUUGCAUUAAGUGAACCCACCCCCCCCCCCAGUUUGACAAAGCUGCACAAAUUAAGACAGCUGUGUGUGUGUGUGAGAGACAAAUCUUUGUUUCUGCACUUUCUCAUGUACAUUCCUACUGGAUCGAUGGGUUUAACAAUAACUUAAUACAUUUCUCUGUUGCCAGAACUUUGUUUAUUAUAGGUACUGACUGGAAAAAUGGGUAAAAAUGUAAAGUACAAACUGUGAUUGCUAAAUAAAGAGUAUCUGUUUCGGG